CUCCGAGGCAUGUUACUCGUCGUCACGUGACUGUAUGGCCGCGUACUUCAAGCCACCAAAAUCUCAUCUUGUCUUUGAAUCUUUUCAUGGCACUGAUAAGCUGUCUGCUUAUAUCUCUGAGCAUACAUUUAAUCACGCGGUGAAUAUUUUUCUUCCUGGUCAAGCGAGGAUACCUCGAGAGUUACUUGAAGUUAGUCCUGGUAAAGAUUGCUUUUACGUGGCUGAGCUGCCCGUAUCAACGUUUAUUCAGCCUCACUUCAUUCAUUCGACACUGAAACAAGGUUCGUUCUUUGCUUUAUCUCAUACUCAUCAUAUAGACACAGAUGACUGCGUUGCAGUAUUUCCACAAGGUUUGUUAGUUUUGUCAGUUACGAAGGAUACAUAUGAGCAGUUGGGCAUUGUUGGGCGAUCUUCUGAAUUUCAGCAAGGAGCAAAAUUUAUAGUGGAAAUUGAUCUUUUGGCUGAUUCAUUUCAACCAGGAAGGAAGCAAUAUGAAAGAGUGCAAUGGUGUCUUACAGACAGACUAUCAUUGACUAUGCCAUUCCUUAUGGCAUUUAUUCCACGUGGUUCUAGUGCAACGUCUUCAAUUCCAGUACUACAAGACAUGCCACACAAAGAGCUUACAAACAAAGAGACUUUAAACACUCUCACUAACAUUCAAAUUCCAAGCUUAUCAUAUAUGUCACCUCAGAUUUCUCUUGAUCACAGUAGCAAUGAAUACUGUUCAGCCAUCGAUCUGUUUGAAUGGCUCGGAGCCAUCUCAUGCAACAUUGAUUGUGAUUCUGGUCAACCAGAUGGCUUUGUGUCAGCAUAUUCCUGUCCAAUGCCCAACAGAGUUGUGCCGUUGUCAUGCAAUAUUGGAUGGCGUGGAGUCAUUACACCACAACGGAUAUUACAGUUAAUCAACAUUCUCAGUAAAUGUGAGGAUGCUUUGAUUUCAUGGUGUGUGAUCAGUGUGUGGGGAUUUGCUGAUUGUCCUUUCAGUUGGGGUCAACAGGAACAUGGUUACUAUAUGGCAGGAGAAAAUCACUAUACAUGUGUAUUAUUUCCUCAAAGCAACCAAUGGUUCUUUACAGCUCUUGGAACGCAUGACAAGGUCAGAUAGCAUACAAGUAUUGUAGUCUUUGCGUACAAAUGUGCAUACUAUAGUUUAGAUGUACGUACACUAAACAUGAUAUUCAGUCAUUUAAACAGAUUUUUGUAUUAUCAGAACGGAUGUAAGAUGCUUGUUAUGGUAUGGUAAUGAAGUAGGUUUGAGUGAGGUUAUGUAGAUUAAUUUUUCAAAGAUGCAACAUCCCCAUUUUUGAGAGACAGAGAAGCCCUUUCGUUGAGUU